UUCACUGUCUAUGAACCAUCAGACCUAGACAAUCUGAAUUUUCCAGAAGACUGCCAAACCGCACUUACACAAAAGAUUCUCUGUGAGGAUACUGUUCAGGAAUAUGAUGGUCCUGCUUGGAGAGGUUCGAUCGCGGACAAAGAACUCUAUGAUGAAGUUUGCGAAGCUUCAUGUGGUGCUUCGUUACGGUCCUACUACCAAAAAGUCUCUCAAGCAUGUGCUGGCUACGAUACGAGUGGUGUGCCGCAAUCGAUGUAUGGAGGAUAUAUGUGGGAAGCCUGGAACGAAACAUGUUAUAUCGAGCCGCAGAGCGGUCACUAUUGCAAUGAAAUUAUCGAUGGAUUUACAGAAGUCGAGGAUAUUUACCACAUGCCUCAUAACGAACUGUGUUCCUACUGCAACACAAAAUUCUACCAAAUGCUGCAAGCAUCACAGUAUUCAACCUUCGAUGCCAUCCACGACCCCUACAGAAUUGGCCACAUCAACAAGCACUGCAGACUUUCCCUCCCAACCACAGCACCAGCACCUCUGAUCCCCAAACCAGUCUCUGAAGAGCCGUUUUGCCUAUCCAACAUCUACCACACCACCCGAGAGGGCGAUACUUGCACCUCCAUCUCAACAUCCUACAACGUAUCGUCAUACGCCCUAUCCGAAGCAAACAAAGAAAACAUCUACGGCCCUUGUGACAACGUCAACGCAAUACCACCAGGCAGAAAGUUUUGCAUUCCCUUGCCCUGCGAAGUCUAUGAAGUACAACCGAACGACCUCUGCAUCGACAUCCAAUACACCCAGAAAAUCCGCGGAUAUGGUAUUUCCUUGCGCAUCUAUAAUGCGUGGCUCGAUCCCUCUUGCUCUGUACUAGAAGCCAUAACCCAAGACACCGGGUCCGUAAUCUGUGUAUCGCCCCAAGGCGGGAAAUCUACAGAUGUGUCUAGACUCCCACGAACACGCGGAGGAAACGUACAACCGCGCCCCUCCACCGGCAAUACAGUGGAUGCAAAAUAUUCCCCUCGAGGCACGAAACUAGCUCAUAACGCAACAAGAAAUUGUUGGAAAUGGCAUAGAGUUGAGCAAAAAGAGACUUGUACGAUUAUCUGCAUGAAAGAGGAGAUUGAUGUCGGGUCACUGGUUGCGGCUAAUCCUUCGUUGGAGAGAGGGGAUUGUGAUAGAGGUUUGGUGAUUGGAACGACGUUGUGUGUGAGCCCUAGUGGCACUUGGGGAAGUGAGAUGGAUGAGUAUUAUGAGGAUGAGUUGGAUGACUAUUUCAAGGAUUUGGAAGAUGGGUGGCUUCCGGAUGUAUAG